CGGGAAAGUUUUACAUUACACCCACUUUCUACUUGUUCUUAUUUGAAAGAUUAUACAGAAUUUAGAGUUAUUACUUAAAUACUUAGUUACUUACUGGUAAAAACAAUGUUGUUUAACACUUACUAUUCUUGGAUUCUUUGUCUUGUGACAUAUGUACCAAACUUAAUUAAUGCUACUGAUGUUUGGGUACCUGAAAGUGGCGGUGAUUGGACUGAAUUAAAACCUGAUUUUGUACCUCUUGAAGGAAGUUUAGAUACUGUGAGUUUCCCCUUUGGAAUUGUUGUUAGUCCAUAUGUUCUUAAUCAAGAUGGAGAAUAUGAAGAACCAACUAUUUCUUCAAUUAUUAGAUCCUUAACUACCACUGUUGUAACUCCAGCUCCUAAACCAACUAGAUCAAUUGAUGUUAUAAAUCAAAUAGAAGAUGGUCAAAUUCAGAAGACAUUAUCAACUGUAUUGGUUACUCCUUCAGAUUGGACUCAAGAGCCAGAAGAAGAAUGCCUUGAUGAUGGAGAAGAAGAAGGUGAAAAUCCAUCUGAUGCCGCCGAAGGUGUAGACUCUAUUGAUGAAGAAUUUUCAAAUAUUAGAAAAAGAUAUGAUCAAGAAGAUUAUGAUCAUUCAACCACUAAUGAAAUUGAAUCACCUGUUUAUGCUGUUGCUUGUACUUCAAAUACAACUUUACAAAUGACUCUUACUAAUUCAAUUUUAAGAGAUUCAAGUGAUAGAAUUGGUUGUAUAGUUUCUGGUCAUCAAUUUCAAUUUGAUGGUCCUGUACCUCAAUAUGGUGCCAUAUAUGCUGCAGGUUGGUCAAUUACCGAUCAAGGUCAAUUAGCAUUAGGCGAAUCAACAAAAUUCUUUCAAUGUGCAUCUGGUGAAUUUUAUAAUUUAUAUGAUCAACCAAUUGGUUAUCACUGUCAGCCAGUUACUUUAGAUGUUGUUGAAUUAAUUGAAUGCUGAAUUAACUAAAAUUAAAUUAAAUUAAAUUAUCCGGUUUCAUGAUGUUGAAAUU